AAGAUAAAAACGUCAUAAAGUUGUCUAAGGACGCAAAGCAACCAAUUGCAGUAAUCAGCAACUUCGGGCAAACCGGUUUGGGAAAAACAUUUCUGCAAAAUUUCUUUCUUUGUUAUUUAAUCAAAGGCAAAGAUAGUUUCCUCCCAGAACAACCAAUAGUUCGUGCAUUUCCUGGCAGCGAUCUAAACACAAGAAAAGAUAAGUUCGUGGACCUCUACUCGAAACCUGUAGUGAAAGAUGACGUGUUUUACUCCGUAAUUGAUUUAGAAGGCGACCCUGUUAAUAAAGAGCCGGACGAGGCAUCUUUUAUCCGCUUAUUUGGAAUCACUGCUGCCAUAAGUUCUGUAAUAAUAUUCAGCAUUAAGGCUGACAACACCUGUCCCUUCGCGGACUUCAUGAGAUAUGUGGACGAAGCUGUGUCAACAACAGAUUGCAAACUGCAGGACCUCGUAAUUGUGUAUCGAGACUGGACAUACGCUAGUCGUUUCGAGUACGGCUGGAAAGGUGGGGAAACAUACAUGGUGUAUCUUGACAGCAGCAGCAACAACGAUGGUCAGAUGCAAAAGUUGUUAGAUGAAGCUCGUAACGCGUUUCGUGCCGUGAAGGUGUUUCUUAUGCCCAAACCUGGCGAGGCGACCACGGUUGAUACGACUAUAACUGCAAUAAAAGAUCUGGACGCAACGUUUAUGAAGCAGCUACAGUCACUUGUGGAACGAGUGGUCGAUGAAUUAAUCUCACCAAGAACUUUCGAGAACGAGGUUCUUCAAUCACGUGAUGUGCUUGACGUCAUGUUGGACAUUGAUGAAGGAUAUUCAAACGAAGAAGAAGUGACUUCGGAUGUUGUCAAAAUACUAAAGGAAAAGAAAGAAGAGAGAUUGUUUCUAAUAGUAAAGGUGGCUGAGAGAUUCUACAAAGGAAAACUACAAAAGAGAUGGAAAAGAUUUUCAAGGGAUACGAGUCGACAGAUGCUCCAUUCUGAGCUAAAAAAUUUAACGUUGGAGAAAUUUGAUGCAGACUGCAAGGAGGAAUUCAUCCUAGCUCGAGAUGCAACGACUUCUAGAGGGAAAUUGGAAGUUACAAUGGACGAAAUGUUUCAACAGAGCAUUAAUUCGCACAAGAGUUGUGUGCUCAUGUAAUAUGUUAUGAAAGUUAUAACUUGGUCAUGCUAUACUUGAUAACAGGGCUGUAUUGUUAAGGCCAUAGAUUCCAAACCAGUUGACAAAGUAAUCAUCACGCCCAUUUUCUUUCUUGUUGCACAUUAAAGAACUCUUGAGAAAACACAACAGUUAACUCUUCUGAAAAUACAACUAAACUUGGCAGUGUGCUGG